AUGUUGAGUCUUACAGAAAAUACUGCUUAUAGCUAUAGAGAAUUAGCAGCUCUUGUUCUUUUCGUUGGUAUANCAUUGGAUGAUAGUCUUGGAAAGACGGGCACAUGCAUUGAAGAAGGUAUUUUUCGAUAUAAUAUACUGCAAAAUCAUCAGAAAUCAGUUGGCUAUGAUAUAGCCGUUUGUUCUGAAGAUGCAAAUGCAGUCAUUAAAAAAGUAUCAUAUAAUUCUACAACUAAUAAGUUCAGUGGAUUUCCGAUCUCAUUGAAACAUGGUAUUCCUUGUUCUCGUCAAUUUGAAACUGAUUCAUUUGAUGAAUUAAAAAGUUGCUUCGAAAAUAAAGAUAAAACAUAUUAUCUUAAUGUUCAUAUGGUGAAGCCACUCAUAGCUUCUAAUCCAUAUUCAUCGCCGCUUCUACUAGUUGCUUAUGGAAUCAACAAUAAUUUUAAAGCCAUUGAUGUUCUCAAUCGAUGGAUAUGGAUGUUCGAAAAUGCUAGACAGUCCAAUGUUCGGAUAGUUGCCUUCGCAACUGAUUGUGAUCCUAGAUACUUGCUUGCGAUGCGUCUUGCUACAGGUUUUUUUGGAAGAAUUAACAAUAUGUCUAUAUGUGAUCGUUAG